AUGUUGUCACUUUUCAGAUCAAUGCGCGAGAAAUUGCCGGAGACAAUAAACUUUCCCAAGGAAGAGGAGAAGCUGAUAGAAUUCUGGACAGAAAAUGACGUCUUCCAGAACAGCUUGCGGCUAUCAAAGGGUCGUCCACGUUUCUCAUUCUACGACGGACCGCCAUUCGCGACAGGUCUGCCUCACUAUGGACACAUCUUAGCAGGAACCAUCAAGGACGUGGUGACUCGUUACGCCCACCAGAGCGGGUUCUACGUAGAACGGAGGUUCGGGUGGGACACCCACGGCCUGCCGGUAGAAAUCGAGGUAGAGAAGGCGCUGGGGAUCAAGGGACCGGAAGACGUUGCGAAGAUGGGGAUUGAUAAUUACAACAAAGAGUGCAGGAGCAUCGUAAUGAAAUACUCUGGCGAGUGGGAGCGAGUCGUGGGAAGGAUGGGUCGGUGGAUCGACUUCAAGAACGACUACAAGACACUCUACCCCUGGUACAUGGAGUCCAUCUGGUGGAUCUUCAAGGAGAUGUACAACAAGGGACUUGUCUACCAGGGAGUCAAGGUGAUGCCCUUCUCCACGGGCUGCAACACUCCGCUGUCAAACUUCGAGUCCGGGUUAAAUUACAGGGAAGUUAUUGACCCCGCUGUGUUUGUAGCUUUCCCGCUGAAGGACGAAGAAGGAGUCUCGCUGGUUGCCUGGACCACCACUCCCUGGACCUUGCCCAGUAACCUCGCCCUCUGCUGUAAUCCUAACUUUGAGUACGUCCUGGUCAAGGACAAUGUUUCUAAGAAGACUUACAUCAUGCUGGAGUCUGCGUUGUCUCAGGUUUAUAAGUCUGAUGAUUUGUAUGAGGUUGUUGGCAAGAGGAUGGGCUCUGAGCUCAAGGGCAAGCGCUACGAGCCGCCUUUUGACUACUUUGAACAUCUUAGGGCAAAGGGAGCUUUUCAGGUGCUUAAUGACACUUAUGUUACUUCUGAAACUGGUACUGGGAUUGUUCAUCAGGCUCCGUAUUUUGGAGAGGAUGAUUACAGAUGUAACUUGCAAGCCGGAAUAAUAACAAAAGACCAAGAGCCAAUCUGCCCAGUAGACAGUUGCGGAAAGUUCACUGACCCAGUCCGCGACUUUAAAGGUCUGUACGUAAAAACAGCAGACAAAGAAAUCGUAAAGACUCUUCUAGCCAACGGAAAGUGUAUAAAAUACUCCGGGUGCAACCACAGCUACCCUUUCUGCUGGAGAUCAGACACCCCGUUGAUCUACAAGGCAGUUCCUUCCUGGUUCAUCAGGGUGGAAAACAUCAAGGACCGGCUUCUAGCCGCGACAUCAGAGACCUACUGGGUGCCAGACUACGUAAAGGAUAAAAGAUUCGGAAAUUGGCUGCGCGACGCCCGCGACUGGGCUAUCAGCAGGAACAGGUACUGGGGGAACCCGAUCCCUCUGUGGAUCUCCGAGGACAAAAAGGAGAUCGUCUGCGUGGGAAGCAUCGCUGAGUUGGAGGAGCUGACUGGCACCAAGGUGACGGACAUCCACCGCGAGAGCAUCGACCACUUGACCAUUCCUUCCAGAAGAGGCCCGGAGUUUGGAGUUCUCAAGCGCAUUCCGGAGAUAUUCGACUGCUGGUUCGAGUCUGGCUCCAUGCCUUACGCGCAGAUGCAUUAUCCCUUCGACAGAGUCAAGGACUUUGAAGAAAGCUUCCCCGCGGAUUUUAUCGCUGAAGGCAUUGACCAGACUCGCGGCUGGUUCUAUACUCUCUUGGUAAUCUCUACCGCGCUUUUUGACAAACCACCCUUCAAAAACCUGGUCUGCAACGGCCUUGUCCUCGCGGCUGAUGGCCAGAAAAUGUCCAAGAGCAAGAAGAAUUAUCCUGAUCCGAUGGAAAUCAUCAAUCGCUUUGGUGCUGAUGCUUUGAGAUUGUAUUUGAUUAAUUCUCCGGUUGUUAAGGCUGAGAAUUUGAGGUUCAAGGAGGUAGGAGUCAGGGACGUUAUCAAGGAUGUGUUUUUGCCCUGGUACAAUGCUUUUAGAUUCCUUAUGCAGAACAUCGAAGGUUUCGAAGUCUCCGAAAACCGUGAGUUCAUUUUCGACGACAGCAGCCCAUCAUCAGACAACAUAAUGGACCAGUGGAUAUUAUCAUUUACGCAAACACUCUUAAAAUUAUUAAAAGAAGAAAUGAAGUUUUACCGGCUGUACAACGUAGUGCCCAAACUAGUGAAAUACAUCGACAACCUGACGAACUGGUACGUGCGAAUGAACCGAAGACGUCUAAAAGGCGAAGGAGGAUCCAAAGACUGCGAGUUAGCCUUGCGAACCUUAUUCAGCGUGAUCUACAUAAUGGUCCGUAUAAACGCGCCGUUCACUCCGUUCCUGAGCGAGUUCAUGUACCAGCGGCUGUUGCCUCUGCUUCCCAAGACCAAGAACAACGAGAGUGUCCACUACCAGAUGAUCCCUCAGCCAAAGGAAGAAUUAAUCAGCGAAGAAACAGAGCGUGCUGUCUUCCACAUGCAGACAGUCAUCGACCUGGGUCGGAUUGUCCGCGACCGCAAGACAAUUCCUGUUAAAUACCCGCUGCCCGAGGUGGUGAUCAUCCACCAGGAUGAAAAAAUCCUUAAGGAGAUAGUCAAGCUGGAGAAAUACGUCCUGGAGGAGCUGAAUGUCAAGGAGAUGACUGUCACCACUGACAAGCAAAAGUACGGAGUGGUCCUCAGAGCCGAGCCUGAUCACAAGACUCUAGGAGUCAGGCUGCGUGGAGAAUUCAAAGCAGUCACCCAAGCGAUCAAGGAGCUCACUGAUGCCCAGUUGCAGGAAUUCUUAGUAAAAAAAGAGAUCGUAGUCAAUGGCUACGUCUUAGGCGAGCAAGAUUUAAGAUUGAUGUUCAGCUUCUCUGGUCCCAGGGCUGACGAACUGUCUCAGAGGUACGAAGCCCACUCCGAAGGCAAUAUCUUGAUUCUCCUGGACAUUACUCCCGAUGAAUCCAUGCAGAAUGAAGGAAUUGCUAGAGAAGUCAUCAACAGGGUCCAGAAGUUGAGGAAGAAGGCUCAAUUGGUCCCCACUGAUCCAGUUGAUGUUUAUUAUAAAAUCAAAGACUCUGCAAGUGUGUUGAACAAAGUUAUCCUGGAGUACAAAGGAUUCAUUGAAGGAACCACCAAGACUCCCCAGUUUGAGCUCGCGGAGCUUAAAGGAGACUCUGAGGUUAUUAUUGAAGAAAUUCAGAAGAUCAAAGGCUGGGAUAUGAAGCUAGUUUUGGUGAAAAGCUAUUAA